AUGGCAAACCGACCAGACCAAAGUCGCGUUGCUGUGGCUCGACACGUACGCGAGUUGGCAGCCCAAUGGAUAACAGACUUGACGUACGCAUUUUCCCCCUUCGCUUUGCUUGGACAACUUCCGGUCACGGCAUUUCUCCUUUUGCAUCUCCUGCGCACUGUGUGCUGUGCAAAGAAAUAUAGCGAAAUCUUUCUUGUCACAUACAUUUCCUAUUUCACAGCAGAGGACUGCAGUGCUGCUGUACAAACCUCUUCUGCAGUCCCUCAUCUGCCUGUCUCACAAUCACUUAAAGGUCCAAAAGACUCCAGUGCUGCUGUACAAACCUCUUCUGCAGCAGCCAAUGUCCCUCAUCUGUCUGUCUCACAAUCACUUAAAGGUCCAAAAGACUCCAGUGCUGCUGUACAAACCUCUUCUGCAGCAGCCAAUGACCCUCAUCUGUCUGUCUCACAAUCACUUAAAGGUCCAAAAGACUCCAGUGCUGCUGUACAAACCUCUUCUGCAGCAGCCAAUGACCCUCAUCUGUCUGUCUCACAAUCACUUAAAGGUCCAAAAGACUCCAGUGCUGCUGUACAACCUCUUCUGCAGCAGCCAAUGUCACUCAUCUGUCUGUCUCACAAUCACUUAAAGGUAACACUUAUACUACUAACUCUCUAUCUGUCCAUUCUUCCAUCCAUACAUCCUCCCUACCAUCCAUCCAUACGUCCUACCUAGACCUGUCCAUCUGUCUGUCCAUUCAUCAUUCAGUCAGCAUAUUCUGUCUAUCUAAUCACUUUACACUUUCUUUAGGUCCAAAAGACUCCAGUGCUGCUGUACAACCUCUUCUGCAGCAGAAAAUGACCCUCAUCUGUCUGUCUCACAAUCACUUAAAGGUCCAAAAGACUCCAAUGCUGCUGUACAAACCUCUUCUGCAGCAGAAAAUGACCCUCAUCUGUCUGUCUCACAAACAAACAAAUUUCGGUACAAGAUUAAAGA